AUUUAAUACCGGUAUGGCUGUUCUGGUGGUGUCUUUUGCUGUCAAGUAACCAGUUUUCAAGCAUAAGCUAACUACAACUAACACUAUACUCUUACUAUUACCUGAUUACUUGACGUAAGCUAGCUUGACGCACAUUACGGAUGUGUCGAGGGGAGCUGGGUCGAGCUGCCAGGCCAGAGAUAGAUCGGAAGCGGAUAUGUUGAAUACGUUUAUAUACCGUAGUUAGAUAGUUGUACUCGCAGUUUCAUCUCCACGUGCUCAGUGUAAAGAGUUGACUGAAAACCUUGGCCGAAAGCUUGGGUGUAAGCAAGGAAAUAAUGUUUUGGUCAACCACCCCAGCAUCAGCUAAACAAUGCCAAUAGCCUUUUAUCUCAGCACCUGGUAAUUGUUAUUGCUACUUUGUAAUGGUGCUGGCAUCAUGUUGGUUAGAGCUGCUAUCUCCGCUUUGUUUGUACUAAGUACUCUGUCAACACCGUUGUCCAGUCAAAAACUGGAUUGUGUCCUGCCUAAACCUCGAGUGGUGGUGACCAAGGACUGCCACUUUGUGGAUGGAACAUCUUGGGUUUCUCGGGAUUGCAAGCGCAUGCACUUCGGACAACCUCGCCUUGAUGCGUUUGAUCCAUUACCAACGAAUGAUGACAGAACUUGGUACUAUACUUUCGCUGAACCCCUGGUUUUGACUGUUGCUGAUUCUCCACCAUGGGGGCUAAUUCAAGCAGCAAUGGCGGGAAAUAUGACAGGCAAGGAGAUGACGCACAAGUUGUGGAUAUGGCAACUGAGUCAUCACCUUGUUGUGUCCAUGGUGCUUGGUUUCUUUGGCCUGACAUGCCUUGUUUGGGCAAUACGCAUGUAUACGAAAGUCAAAUCCAUCCCGCGACAGCGAUUUCCCAGACGACCCUAUCCUAACCAACGGUCAGCUUUGAUAGCUGGUCUUGUUGGCUUCUUACUGUUAACGGUGGUGUUCCUGAUUGUGUCGACAUCGAACAUCACUACGCAGUGGGAACAGUCGCACAGCAAUGAUGUCAUCCGUAAGGCCACCUACAAUAUGAAUGCGUAUGUGAACAACACCAUCACACUGGCGUCUCAUUUGGUGAACGAUCAGCUGAACUUCUUAUUGGGGACUGCGACAAGUCGCCUGGACACGCUCGGUCAUUUAGUGGCGAAUCAAGCAUCCUGGCUAGUGUUCAAUGCCACCAAUAAUGUUACUGAGGCUGUGCUCAACAUUGUCAAUGAGAGCCGGCGUGCUGUGGAUGCUCUGAAUUCCAUCAACGAGAUUGAGACAGCACUGUUGCGCUACCAGAAACGUAUCCAAAAGCAGCUCUCAGUUGUACAGCACUUGUCUGCAGCCAUUGAUUGCAGUGCUGUCAAUGUCAGUAUGGAUGCUUGUUUCGGCUACAGCGAUAACAUCACAAACAUUUCGUUUGUGACAGAUUUCCAUCCACUCCCCGAUGUGACAAGCGUGGCGACAAUAGCUUCACAAGUUUACAAGUCCGAUCUCAGCAAACAAGCUGCUGCAGUGUGGCCCAAAUUCCAAGGUAUCCCAUGCACGAUUCAGACUGAAGUCGAUCUGUUCUUAAAAGCGGCCAAGAAGGAGGUUAUCAAACUGCACCAAGAUGUGGUUGGUAACGUUGAUGCCAUUUUUCCCAGCAACGUGAAUUCCCUGGGCAAGAACAACAGGAGUAUGCCGGGUGGUAAUAGUGCCAAUAGUGUCUUAAAGGACUCCAAUUCUAAAGCUACCGAACAUGAUGCCCUUAGUGAUAGUGAUGGCGCGGCAGGCCAACGCACACAACUUCACCAUCGGUUUUCUCUCAUUCAAAAUGGUAACGAAAGCACACUGGAUGACUUCUGGGAGAGCUACCACUGGGAGUCUGUUGUCACUACAAUCUGGGGAGCUGUCCAGAAAAUGUUCCACUAUUUCUCUCCUAUUCAUGGCUACAUAAAUGUGAUAGUUUUCACCACGGCCUCCCUCCUACUUCCUCUCCUCGCCAUUCCUAUAUGCUUGUCUACUCGGAAACUGAGGGGUUUCCCGUGGUGUGACCUCCGCCUGCCCAAUGCUCUUCGUAAUCUCUCCCAGAGACACUUUGUCAAAAUGUAUGUUGUACUACUGCCAGUGGCCACGUGUCUUUUGCUGGUCUCAGCUGGCUGUGUCUACUUUGUGGCAGGAACAGCUGGCAUCAUUUGCCAGCCCUUACGGUCCAUGGAGUUCCUUAACAAGACCAUUGACAAUGUGCCAGAAGUUUUCCCGGAAUACAUCCUUUCAAAGUAUGCCAUGCCUCCUGGCAGUCCACCCAUGACGAUAAGAGAGCUCCUUGAGGACUGCCAGCAGAACGAAUCUCUCUAUCACGCACUUCGGUUAGAUCGCAGAGUUGAUAUUCACAGCCUUUUUAACAUCUCUAAGGUGAGAGACCUGGUAGAUAAGCAUCUAAGUCAGGCCAGUAGUGCGUUCACAAUCAAGAACCAAGAGAUUUUGACCAUUAGCGACAAGAUCACUCUGCUCAGGCUGCACAGCAACACGUCCGGCCUCAAGUCAAUCAGCUUCAAAUCAUUCGAUACAGUGUGUAACACCCCUGUGUUGUCAGCUUCACCUAAAUUAGCACUGCAAUGGCUUUAUCUAGUCAUGGAUGAAGUCUCGGCCUUGGCACAUGGUGCUACGAAGAAUGGUACCGGCAGGAAAUUGGCAUUGCAACAGGAAUCUCUUCAGCUGUUGACAGUGCGUCAGGAACUGGCAGCUCUUAUCAAACUUGCCGAUGAGGCUAAGGAGCAAGUGGAGAAACUGUGCAGGGAAGUUCAGGUCAUCAAGAACAUCCUGUAUUCUGCUGUGGAUCAAAUUCCGAAGACUCUAGAUUCGGCUGAUAACCUCAGCAAAACAUUGCAAGCCAAGGCCCCUCAGUUGGUGAAUGAGCUGAUGGAGUCUUACGUCAGUAACCUUUACUCCUGGGCUAACACAUUCAUCCACUACUCUAUCGAUAUGAUCUCAAACCAGCUGGGCAACUGUCGUCCAGUGGCUGACAUCUGGGAUGGUGUAGUCUAUACAGCAUGUGGAUAUACGGCAUCUGGACUGAACACUAUAUACGUACUGAUCCUGAUCUGCAUUGUGCUUAGCAUACCCACUGUCAUACUUGUUCCAAAGCUGCAAGAGCCGACCAGCUACUCUGACUCUCAGCUACUCCUCAACGAUGCAGACAUGUACUCGGUUGCACUGGAAGAUGUCCAUGAUGAUCUCACCACAGACAAUGGCGCACGUCCUUCUGGUUUGCUCAGCUUCAAAGACUCCUCGUCCCCCUUGUAGUGACAGCCACUGAUUGUGGCCUGGAUGAACCGAUGCUUGAUAUUCAGUGCCCCCACAAGUUUAAUAGCCACGCCAAUAACAUCCUUCUCCACAGCAUCAUCGGCCCUCCACGUAAGCUACAUUUUCAUUGCGACUAUCAUCUUGGGUAUAUGAUGUUUGAGGAAUCGCGACUACUAGUUGCAGCUGCACUGAACCAGCAGCAUAUACAUACUCUGAGCAACAAUCACCACAUAUUGCUUGCCCGGCCACGUUACUUCGGCAACGUUCAUGGUUCUUAUCUAUCGACGGGUGCAUCAUUUUCACCGCACUGUGAAGAUGUUAACAUGAUGACCAAGCUGAGGUCAUUUUCACUGCAGCAUGGACAACGCCACGCGUGUCUAACAGUGCAGCACAGCAGCAUACACAGCGCUCUUGCCUUGUCUGUAGCUGAAUUUGCACAUGACCGCUGAGUACAUGUUGCAACAGACCAUGGCAAAGUGUUCCCAGGUCACAGUCGGCUGGGUUACUAUAGUUUCUUGUUCACAGUGUGGUGAACAGACAAUGGUCUCUGCAUACAUGUACGUAGUACUUUUUUUGUUGCUCUGCAUUUGUACAGACUGCAAUUAAUUUAAAAACAGACUGAAGCUCAACAUAGAAGAAAGCUGGUCAUGUUAGCAUGUCGAGCGACUUACCGAUAAAGCAUUUUCAUUCUAGUAGUCCACUGCGUUCUUCCCACUCAGUGAUAGAGCUCUGUUGAUAUCUGCUCAUAUGGAUUCUUAUCAACUGUAUCUUUUGUAAGAAUACCUUUCUGUGGAUGCUUGUUUUUAAGUGUUUUAAGUGUUUUAGUUCUAGUCAUUACUUCCACCGCGUGCGUCUUUUGCCCGGUCUUUCCUUGUUCUUUUAGUUUCACUAGCUACUUUGAAGUUGCCUGAUAAACCGAAUGGACUGGUCACUAACCUGCUUUGAAGACCUCCAGUCCGCCGUUGGCUCACCAUUUUCAUAGUUUUACUACAAUGCCUCUGGAAAAGCUCCUCACAUAAAGUAACUUAGUUUUAUAUAUUAUUUAUAAGUGUUAUCCCCUUUGCAUGUAACAUGUGCUCUAGUACUUCAAGUAACAAUACCUGGUUCUACCCGAAUGGUGUGAUUCAACAAGGAUUUCAAAAUGA